ACAGCGGGGACAACAUGUCACACCAAGACGUCACAGACGCAACCGAGCAUUUUACAUCGAAAAGAAAAGUUUGACUCUCACAGCGACUGUAAAUAAUAUAAAUAUAUAUAUCGUCUGAUACAAAUGCUAACGACAGGCCCUCAGUUAUUCGCCAAGACGUGUAGGAAUGUGCUUUUAGAUUAUUUUCAUUGACGAAUUAUGUUUUAAAACGUUAUUACCGUCAGCUACAGGAUAAAAGGGAGAGUUCACCUAAAAUUAUACUGAACGUAAUUCUUCAUUGCACCAGUGAAGGUCCAAAAGAUGGACUCACUCCCCCCUGACACCGAGGUCCGUGUGGUGGUGGCCCAGUGUUUCCGCACACUCGCCACAUCCACAGACGACAAAGACAUUGUUGCUGCUCUUCAAACGCUCCACUCUCACCUGGACGAGGGAUCAGAGAGCAGGACCGGCUCAGCUCAGCGGGCGGAGUUCAGGAGAGCUCACUACACUCGCACCCUCCAGUGCCUGGUCAGCAACAUCCAGGCCGACUGGGUGCACAGCCUCCCAGCAGCCCAGCGCACAGACCUGUGGGACGGCCUGUUUCUCCAGGGGCCGCCGGAGCAGGCUCUGUUGGUGCUGAUGGAGGGAAUAACAGCUCUGAGUCCCAGCACCAAUCUGGACCACCUGGUUAGCAUCACUGAGAAGUUCCUCCAGCGUGGACGCCUCGCCGACCUGCUCUGGUCGCACUGUCUGGAGACGGCUCCCUCUGACUCCCCCCAGCUCCGGGAGACACUGCUGGGGCGCAUCGUGGCGCUGCCGGACCUCACGGCCAACAAGCUGCAACGCAACAACAAGCCACUCUUUCUUCCUCAGCAGUACUACCCGCUACUUGCCACAGAGAUGCUCACUGCCCUGGAGCGGACCUGCCAGGCUCUGAAAGAUGGCACAGACUGCUCCUUAACUUUCGUGGCUCAGACACUAGGAAAAGUGUGUAUCCAGGGGCACAGCGAUGUGUUCCUGGCAGUUCUGGCUCCUCGGCUGUCCGCCUGCACACACUCGGACAUGGUGUGGCAGAGGGUUUGCUGGAAGCUGCUGGAGAACGUUCCACAGCGAUGGAUAGAGAGUGUGCUCACCGGACUGGUGCAGGCUGUCAGGGGGCCUGAAGCUUUUGGACGGAUAAUUGGGAAUCUAGUGUUGAAGAAUAAAAAGGCUGAGUUCGUCAUCACUCAUAAAUUGCUCUUACUACAGUAUAAAUAUGAGACUAAAGUCUUGAGAAUUGUUUUGGGUUACCUCGCAGCAGACAGAGAGCGAAGGCCACUGCUCAUACAGGUGUUGCGGUCGGUGUCCCAGGCCUGGGCUAACCCCAGUGCAGUGAAACACACGCCUCUCGAGCAGCAGAUGUAUGUGAGCAAGGCCUUACUGCUGAGUGUGAACCUGAUGAGAGACUCUGAGCUACUGGAGCUACGUUCAGAACUGCUUCAGUGUAUGCUCGGUGGCAUGCAGAGCCACCUGGACAGCAAUGUGGUGCAAAUCCGGCGUGUGGGCAUGGUGGUGGGGGAGUGCCUGAGCGCUCGCAUGGAUAUCCAUGGAACCAAGCUCAAAUUUGAGUACGAUCAGGACGAGGAAACUCGUGAGCUGCUUUCUCUAAUGACUCCCACCAUCACUAGUGACGAACCAGAGCCUCUACCUGUACAUGGAGUGGAUCCUCCAGAAGAGACAAGUGAAGUGACUCCAUCUACUCAGAAUACAUCAGAGCCUCAGUCAUCAAAGACAGACCAGGACUCUGACUUGGAUAGUGACGAUGAGCUGACUCCCUACGAUAUGUCUGGAGAUCAAGACAUGUGUAAAGCGGCGCCGCCACGCUACCUACGAGACUGUCUGGAAACUUUAAUAUCAUCUGAGGAGCCUGUGCGUGUGGAGCUCAGUCUGAGAGUUGCUGAGAGCCUGGUGAAGAAGAACGCCUUUGCCACCAAAGAGAUCAGCGUCAAGAUGACUAAAGUUCUUCUUCACAUUGAGGAUAAAUACAGCAUUAAUAGCUUCCUGAGGCUCAGACAGGCAGCGAUGGUGGCUCUCGCUGCCACUGACUCUAUCCCUGUGACGGAGUACUUGACUGCAGAGUUUUAUUCCUUAAACUACAGUCUUCGCCAGCGGCUGGAUAUCUUGGAGGUCCUUGCUCUGGCCGCUCAGGAGCUCUCCAAACCAAUCACUGAAAAAAGAGUUCCAUCCAUAGGCUCUGCUGCCUUCGCUGAUCUGACUCCUUACCCCGGUGACAACCCUGUCCACUGGCGACAGGUAGUGGAGCAGCGGAUUCAGAGCAAAACCAAACGCCUCAGCAAGGGUGCCACACAACCUCCUGCUAAGGCCACUCCGAACCGUUAUGCACCUGUUGCUGGACACUUCUUUUUUCCUCUACUCAGGAAUUAUGACAAGCCUCAGGUGACCUUUGACCUGUUGGGCAGUGACCACCUGGUGCUGGGAAGGUUGAUCCACACCUUGGGCCUCUUCGUGCAUCUGGCAGUCAACGCACCGGUAGCUGCGCAGAUGGGUUGUGCUUUGCUUGACUUUGUGUGGGCAGUGCGUUACCAUGCUGACCAGGUGGUUAGACGAGGUGUCCUCUUCGCUGUCUGCUCUGUGUUUCUGAGCAUGCCCAGUCAAAACCUGCUGUUGGACCUCAGCGAUCAGCUGUUUGAGACCAGGACCUGGCUGGCAGACGUGGCCGAAGGAGACCCGGAUGCAGACUGCCGCAGUCUGGCUAUACAGAGUCUGGUGCUGCUGGAUAAAAGCCUGAAGAAGCAGCUUCAAGAUCCACAAGCAAUUAGUCUGGAAUCAUGAUCACAGCAUCAGGAAUGAACAAUAAAAUGUCUCCUUGAUGUGGGUGGGGGGGGGUGGACUGUACCUUCCCUCUUUCUAUCCCUCUGCCUCACAAAGCUUGCCCAGGCUGUGGAAUCAGGACUCCCUGCCCUGCCUCCUCUUCUCUUCUGGAGAAGCUCGUCCUUGGUGGAUUUGGUUGGAGCUCCCCCACCAGCUCCUUGAGAGCCGCAUUAUCUUUUUCGAGCAACUUCCUGCUCACAUUGGCACUUGGUUGUCUCCUUUUACAGAGGCUUGUCAUGGACUGGUUGUGAUAUUCUUGUUAUUUGGGAUGUGGACCAACAUUGUUUGAAAGUUAAAAAAAACCCGUCAGUAUGAGAAAG